GUUGGCCCCUUCAUGGACUUGACUUUCGACCACCGGAGGAGAAGAGAAAUUCAUUGCAUCAUUCCUACCAUCGGCGACCACGGUGCGCCAGUCCUGUCUAGUAUUGUUCUAACACAACGCAUUCUCGGAUUUCGCGCAGCUACUUCUUCUCAUCGUUUCCGUCCAGUGUCCAGCGGACUUUUGUUCUUUUGUUCUCGGGUUUUGCUUUCCACAUGGCCUCCCCCCCAUUUACGGGCCACCUCGAACCCGGCCAAAUCCCUUCCGAGAACGUACCACUGCAGCAAGGUAGUCCGACUUCAUGGCCUUACUUGAUGAACAGAGGGCACAGAGCGUGUGUUGAGUGCCGCAGGAAGAAAACAAAAUGUGACAUGCGGCAACCAAUCUGUGGACUCUGCUACAGAACCGGAGGUUCAUGUACAUUCCCCACGAAGAGGAAGACGCCGGAACAGCGCAAGGGCUCGAAUUUACCAGGCAGCAAAAGGAGGAAGCUUGAUCCGGAAAGGCUUGACAGACUCGUUGAUCUACUUGAAUUGAGACUCACCUCUGAUCCAGCGUCAGAUCGAAUACCACCCACGGCCUCGGAAAGACGGAUGUCCACGAUGACUCUGCCAGAGAACGACGACCUGGAGUGCAGAAUACCUGCAAAUCCGAUGACGACAUCGACUAGCUCCGAUCAGACACCAUCCGGAGAUGACAGUUUCAUGAAUUUCUCAGCAGCAAGCCCUGGAGACUGUCGCUAUGAUCAUCGCUCCUCAGAGACUUCACAAGCACCAAUGAGAGUCUGCGACGUAUCCAGAAUUGCAGACGUCCCAGAAGCGCUUGCUACAGAGCUCAUUACCAUCUUCUUCAACAAAAUUCAGGCGUGGCUUCCGGUCUUUCACAAACCCAAAUUCUUCUCUCUGCAUAUGAGCAAUCCAGGGUCCACAUUCGCUAAGCAAGACGAGUACUCUACAUUGCAAAUGUUCCAGCUGUACGGCAUCUUUGCGCUGGCAGCGCGGUUUUCGAACAGUCCUUUUCUCGGGGCUAUCCAACCACCGGAUCGAGGGGCGCGUUUUGCUGUGCUUGCAGAAGAAUGCUAUAAUGGCCUCCGAGGAAGCGAGGACGAGCUGACCCUGUGCUAUCUCCAAGGCUGCAUUCUCUUGGCCUUCUACUUGCACGCCUCAGGUCCAACCCACAAGUCUUGGCUAUUGACAGGAGUCUGCGUUCGCUUGUUAUAUGAUCUCGACCUGUAUAACAUGGACCAAGAAGAAGCUUUCGCUGAAAGCAAGGAAUCCUGGAUGGAUCUCGAGGAGCAUCGAAGAGCAUUCUGGCUCGUGUGGGAGCUGGAUACCUUUUCUGCGAUAAUGAGCAGGCGCCCUCAUGCCAUUGAUCGACAGAGGAUGGCCGUGAAGCUACCGGUGAGCGAUGCUGCUUGGUUUUCCAACGAGCCAGUAGAGUCUCCUCUCCUUGACCCACGGCCAUCCGAGUCUUGGAAGGUGCUUCUACGUUCCCCCAACCAGGAUGCGCGCGCAUGGUUCCUGUUGUCCAACUACCUCCUCGCUGUUUGCAACGAUGCAUGCUCGAGCAGAUACGCCAGCUCCCAGGACCAAGAUGAUCUUGCGAACUCGGUUACUUGUCUCACCUUGGCAAUCUCGCAACGAUUUGGACUGGAGAAGCACCCCCUCGUUUUUAAUUCGGAAACUUUUGCAGAUUCCAAUUGGAUCAUUGGUAUGCAUCUGAUGGUCCUGGCGGCGCGCUCAUCCGUGUCCACCCUCGGUGCAUCACGCGCAGCAGGCACCUUAACCAGUUGGCGCGAAGUUGGCCACCUCAUCUUCCACUGGCAUCCUGAUUACGUUGAGUUGAGCCACCCCUUCUUCAUAUGUUCUAUGGUUCCAAUCUAUACGCAACCUUCAAGGCAAUUGCUCCAGCUACCAAACGGAGGCUCACAAACUCACCAAGACAUGCUAAUGCUGAUUCUAUCCGGACACACUGCUAUCUGGAAGCUGGGAUCCAUCUUACUUGACAUUUUGAAAAUCCUGAGUCAAGGCACCUCGUUGGGCGAAGUAGAUGCUCAGCUCGCCAAAUACUUCGCCAUAUACUUCCCACACGCGAACCCAAGCGCAAGAGGAAGGUCAAAUGCCAAUGCCAGUCCGCCAACGGUGGAGAGAACAAGUUUCGACAAAAGCGGACUCUCGAAUGGCGUCUCAAGAAAUUUCGAAUCGCGUGAGGAAGUCUUUGAGAUUCCUGACACGCUCCUAGACUACACGGAGAUGGGGAACGCCCAGAUGCACAGUCUGGCAAAUGCAAAUCCGGGCAACCCAUCUCUGACUCCGGACCACGUGUAUAACAUCGACCAAGAUCUGCAGCUAGAUCUCGAUCGACUGAGUGACGACUGCCAGCCGUUCAACUACCUGGCGUUUUGAGGUUUGAGGAUUGGCCCAGGGUGUAGGAUUAUCUGAAGUGGGAACACAAUGUUGUUCAUGUCAACAGCAUAUAAGAAAUUGCUAAUAAAUGCAAGCACUAUGAACACAAACGUUAAACAUGCG